UUUUUGAAACUUUUACAAACUCACUCUCUUUUUCACAAGCAAUCCCUGAGAGGAAAAAAAGAAAAGCUAAGGUUUUCUCCUUCUUCAAAGCCCAAUAUUCUCUUCCCCUGUUGGAACCCCUUUUGGUCAUUCUCUGUCGGUGCUCCAAUACCUCAACCUUGAUCUUCUUCACCCCAACUUCUCAAAUGGCUCUGCCACUCAAAUUUCUAGGGUUUCAAAGGUUACUGGGUCACCUUCAAGUUCGUUCCUUUGAUGGGUUUUUGCCCUCUAUUGCAGUGCUGGGUCUUAAACUGGUUAAAGGGUCAAGCUUGCUAGUGCUGUAGUUUUAGUGGGGGCGUGGAAAAAGAGGAGAGGAUUGCAUUGUGUUUGUCAAAAAGGGAGGAUUUUUAUGUACUUGUUUAAUUAUUGCUUUGUGUUUUUUUGUUUUGGGGGGCUUUUGUGAACAGUAAUUGCUUUUUGGGAAGCUUAUUUCGGAAGCAAUUUACCCCUUUUGAACGUGAUUGUAUUUAGUGCUAUCAUGGACUCACACAAUGUUCUCUUUUGAUCUUAUCAAUAGUGGGGUUUUGGUUUUAUUGUUUUUUUCCCACCCCUCUUCUUUCUCUUUUUGGAUUGGGAGCCAUUAUACAUGUGAAACCCGUGAAUUUGGCUCUGUUAUGUAGGGUGUUGGAGUAGCAGGCCUUAUUUAUUUUGAUCUCUUUUAUUGGUAGCAUUGAUGAUUUAGCAUCACAAUCGUUGGCAAUGGUGAUAGGUAUCAAUAGCAUUAGCAACUUGUUUAGGAUGAUGUUUUAGCUCCACUCAUAGGAGUGAAGUUUCAGCUAGUUUUUUGGGGAAUCUGAAGAGGCUUUGGUGAUGGAGGACAUAGGGUUAUUCAAGCAAGGUUGGCAAUGGCUUCGGUCACAGAAGGAUGGAUGCUGGCGGGUUCGAACUGUGGUGACAUGUUGCAGAGACAGAACUGCUAUGUUCAUUGAGCGGCAUUGGCCUAUGGUGUGUAAUGGGUGCUCCAAAUUGGGGAGCUUACUAAGGUUAUCAUUGGUUUAUUGGAAAGACUCUGCUUUAAGGGGCUUUCAGUCCUUCAUUAGGUUUGGUUCAGUGAUGCUUCUGCUUAUAAUGUGGAGCUGCUUUCUUAGCUUGACUUCGAUGUAUUGCUUGGCUUACGUGCUUGUUAGUAUGGGUGUUGCUGGAGUUGCUGUCCAAUACUUGGGUUAUACUCCUGGGCUUUUUAUUGUAGGGCUUUUUGCCAUCCUUAUUUUGUGGAUGUAUGCUAACUUCUGGAUAACUGGAACAUUACUCAUAGUUGGAGGUUAUUUAUUCUCCCUCUCCCUGAAUCAUGCACGGUUGGUGGCAUUAGUCGGAUCUAUAUAUGCUCUAUAUUGUGUUCAAGUACGAGUGGGAUGGCUGGGUGUUUUUCUUGCUAUAAACCUUGCAUUCCUCUCUAAUGACAUUUUGAAUUUUCUGCUCCAAUGGUUUGAUAAUGUAAGUGAAAGUUCGCAUUCUGAAGAGCAGAAGCAAUCAGAACCAGUUGUGGAGGAUGAGUUCUCUGAAGAGUGUGAAUAUCCUAUCCCUGCUGAUGAAUCUGAGAAUUUGCAUUCAUGUAAAUCAUCCAGUAAACCUGCUGUUACCACAUCAGUUGUUGAUAACAAGAAAGAACUUUCUGUUAACAAAGUUGUUAGAGAGCAAACAAGUUCAAUUGAUGAAAUGAGAAGGAUAAUGAAAAGUCUGGAUCAUUAUGAAGCCCUUGGAUUUACCCGCCACAAGAAGAUUGAUGCAGCAGUUUUGAAAAAGGAAUACAGGAAAAAGGCUAUGCUUGUGCAUCCUGAUAAAAAUAUGGGCAGUUCGAUGGCAAGUGAGUCGUUUAAGAAGCUACAAUGUGCAUAUGAGGUUCUUUCUGACUCUGUGAAGAAGCGAGACUAUGAUGAGCAAUUAAGAAAAGAAGAAUCCAUGGCUAAAAGUGUCUGCCAGAAAUCCCAUGGUAGUUCACAUCAGGAUAAUCCUGAUUAUCGUUCUGAAGAUUCCAGACGUAUACAGUGUACCAAGUGUGGGAAUUCACAUAUUUGGGUAUGCACUAACAGGAGUAAGGCCAAAGCAAGAUGGUGUCAGGAUUGCUGUCAGUUUCAUCAAGCCAAGGAUGGGGAUGGAUGGGUCGAAUAUAAAGGUUCUUUGGUUUUUGACAGGCCUCAAAAGGUGGAGAUUCCGCGUGCUUUUGUUUGUGCAGAGAGCAAAAUUUUUGAUGUGUCAGAAUGGGCUAUAUGUCAGGGAAUGGCUUGUAGGCCUAACACGCAUCGACCGACCUUCCAUGUAAACAUGGUUGGCUUGGAGAAAAGCCAACGUUGCAAUUCAAGUAGAUUCCCAUGGGAUUUGGAUGCUGAAAUGAUGAUGGAUGAAGAUGAAGAGGCAUUUGACCUGUGGCUUCAGCAGGCUCUGGCAUCUGGUCUCUUUUGUGAGACUUCCAAACGCAGGAAGAGUUGGAGUCCAUUCAAAUUGCCUCAAAAGAAAGGGAAGAAGCAAUGGAGAAGAACAUCAUGCUGAAGCUGAAGGGAAAAAUCCAUAUUUCAUUGCCUAUCCCUAAGGGAUUGAUGGUCUAAACAUUUUCUAGAAAAGAAAAGUGAUGGUUUUCUGAGAUCAAAACAAGGAGGAAUGGCUAGCAACACUCAGAACAAGGUGCCUUAUCAAAGAUAGAUGAGAGUUGUGGGUUAAAUUAUCAGAGCCAGGGUUUACAAGUAGCUUAAACACAUUCCAUAUUCUUAAUAUACUAAGUGAUUAAAAGUGCAAAAACCUUGGUUUCUAGGGGUUGCCCUUAUUGCUCAUCUGGUAUUUCAGGUUUACAGAAACUAGCUUGAACUGGUUGACGUUGAUCUAUGGCUUAGUGUAUUCUUGUUCUUAUAUUAGGAGGUGGUCAGGGACUACUUUUGGUCCUUUGUACAUACAUGCUAAUAAAAAUUUCUCAUCUGGUUUUAUGAC